CUCUCCAAACAGAGAAUGUUCUGUCUGUUUGGCAAUUUGUCACAGGAAUCUGUCAAGGCAGCAAACGGUAAUUUGUACAAGCAACAAUGAUGACAACAGUACUCUUCCUCGUGGUUUGGACAGUCUUGCUCACCCCUUGCCUCUUGGUUCAGGAGGAGCCUUCACCUAAUAUCACACACCUUACAUUUAAAAAUAUGGAUUUUGCCAUGAACCUGUACCGGAAGAUUUCUAGCUACCAUGAUAACAACAUUUUCUUCUCACCACUCUGUUUGUCCACUGUGUUCACCUCCCUCUCCCUGGGUGCUCGUGGCUCUACCCGAGAUCAGAUUCUUAAAGGACUAAACUUGGAUCUGUUAGAACACCAAGGCACAAGUAGUCUUAUACCUGAACUUUUCCAGCAUCUCCAAAGGAACAUAACCCAAGAUAAUGCAUUAAUGUUCCACCAAAGCACAGCCCUAUUUGUGGGACAGGACUUUGAGAUUGAAAUGGCCUUCAGUGAGCAGAUAAAAAAGUUCUUUGGGGCCGACAUCAACAAUGUGGACUUUGCAGACCCAAAAGUUAGCAUGGCUACCAUAAAUGAGUAUGUGAGGAAGCAGACAGGAAAUAAGGUGAAGGAAAUGGUGUCAUCAAUUGAGCCUUUCACAAAACUCAUGCUUAUCAAUACAAUUUUCUUCAAAGGUACCUGGGAACUUCCUUUUAACCCAAAUAACACAGAAAAUGCCCGCUUCUAUGUUGACAAGUACAACAUUGUCCAGGUGCCCAUGAUGUUUAAAGAUGAUAAAUUUUACAUGACAUAUGACAAGGAAUUGAAAGUCAAGGUGUUACAUCUUCCCUAUGUGGGUGGUUCAGCCAUGCUUAUUGUUCUACCUGACACUGAUACUGACUAUACUGAGGUUGACGAAGAAAUUACAGCGGCAAGGUUCAUUCACUGGACACAAAAUCUGAAGAAAACGAAACUUGAGAUUCACCUGCCCAAAUUCAAGAUGGAACAGUCAUACACUGUGCAAAAAAUACUCCCAGAGCUUGGUAUUACAAAUAUCUUUCAAGACACUGCAAACCUAACAGGACUGAGUAAAAGUCCUGGAUUGAAAGUGUCAGAGGUGUUGCACAAAGCUGUGAUUGAGGUUGAUGAGAUUGGCACCACGGCUGCAGCAGCCACGACUGUGGGUAUCACUGCUUUCUCUCUGCCUCAUACCUUCAUCAUCAACCGACCUUUCUUUUUCUUUAUUUAUCAUGAGAGCACAAAUAGCCUACUGUUCAUGGGCAGAGUGAUAGACCCUUCUAAAUGUUGAUCUUUUUGUAUUUUCUUUUAGUGUAACUACAUAUUAAAAUGUAAUUAAACAGAAUUAUCUUAAAUAGAAA